AAUACAGCGAAUAUAAUAGCGUUGGCUACGUAUAGGCUGCUAGUGCGAGUACGCUAAAGCUGUUUUUUAGUUCUAUGCACUGAUUUCGGUGAAAAUCGUCUAACUAUGGCUGCCUCUGUGACUAUUGGAGAAGGAGCCACUGUUCCUGCUACAGGGAAUGUUACCGUAAAGGGGAAAAAUGUUGGAAAAUCAGGAGGAAAGCGUAAUGAUCGAGCCCAAAAGCUGAUGAUUGAACCAAGCUUAAGAGAGAUGUCAGAAGGAUUGAAAGAGGUCAUGGACCAGAUGGAUUCCUACAGCAAGCAGCUAGACAAGGAGAGGGAGGAGAGGUUUCAAACAUUUGUGAAUAAAUCGAGAAGAAAGCUCCCUGGACCAAUAUCAAACAGUGGUCAGAAGCUGGAUGCGAUCAUUGAACAGCUUCAGAACAUCAUCAUUACAUCUGAUCAGGAUGGACCAGGAGUACCAAGGAUCACAUCACCAAGUAUGCUAGAUAAGGCAGCACACAUUGCUAUGCUUGGACAGAGCAUGAUGGCAUACAUAUCGACCUUUGAACUCGACCAUCUACGUAGAAUGGCAACAAGGAUAGUCUCAGAUACCACACUCUGGCUAUCUAGGAUAUUCAGAUUUGAUGAAUCAUCAGCAUACUACCAUGUGGAUGAUCGGGAGGGACUAGCGAGGGUUUGCAGACUGGUCCUCAAUAACAAAUAUGAGAAGUUUGGUACCGAGGGUUUCAACUGUCUCUACACCAAGCCACCCAUCAUCUACAUCAGCGCUGCAUCAAGACCUGGACUAGGACAAUACAUCUGUGCUCAGCUUGGUCUUCCACAAUCCAGUUUAUGUACAGUACCAUGUAACACAGUCUUUGGAUCCCAACACACGAUGGACAUUGCUACGUUAGAGAGACUGAUCAAAGAUGAUGAAUCGUCUUCCAAGACUCCACUGUUGGUUGUAGCUAAUGCAGGCUCACCUAUGGCUGGCCAUACUGAUAAUCUCAACAGACUACGGACCAUCUGUGAUGAGCAUAAUCUAUGGCUACAUGUGGAAGGUCACAACCUGGCCACCCUUGCUCUAAGUACCGUGCCUUCAUCAAUACUGGCAGCUAAGAGAGUGAACAGCAUGACAAUCCAGCCAGGCGUAUGGCUUGGUCUUCCUGGUACACCCGCUGUUACAUUGUACAAAACUGCUGAUCCUGCUUUGAGCCUUGCAGCAGGACUGUGUUCGUCUCAACCCUUAGAGAGGUUAGGUGCUCUACCACUCUGGCUGUCUCUUCAAUGUAUGGGUCAUGAUGGUAUCGUAUCCAAGCUACACCAUGCUGCAGAACUGAGUCAACAGAUGUCUCAACGAUUGAACUCCCUUGGUGCCAUUAACUUAGCAGACAAGAAACAAGCUCGAGUGGACAAGGAGAUCACAUUAGAGGGCUCACUCUCUGAAAUCAUCAGCAGAACAAUACAAGUCUUCUCCCAAGUGGAUGUGGUAUCACCUGUCGUAGUCUUCAAAUACGAUGACGGUAUGGAAGCUCCCGGUCGAGCUUUUGCUCAAUACGCUUCAUCACAGGAUGAAUCUGAUGAAGGGAAGCAGCAAAAUACAUUACCCAAGCCUACUCUUGAUGCAGUCAAUACAUGGUUGGGAGCUGAGCUUGGUUCCUUGGAGCCAAAGAUUGGUCUAGACAUUGUAGAAGGAGACCAGGAGGGUGUUUGUAUUAGGUUCAGUCCCAUGACGAGUGCUCCAUAUAGAGGAACAUCAUCAGAACAUAUAGACUCGUUUGUUGAAACCCUGAAAACCCUCAUAUCAAAGCUGAAUGUGACGAUAGAGCAGAGAGGACCAUUCCAAGAAUUAGCAUCAGCUAAAGAAAACUUGACAGUGAUUGAUAGUGAGAACCAUGCAGGACUUGGCAUUGUGCAAUUCAUUCCAGAUUAUCUAGCAAACCAGGACCCCGAGUCUGAGCAGACCAAGCGAGAGGUCAACAAACUCAACACAGAACUCGUUCAGAGGCUCCAGGCUGGAGAAGAGGCCAGCCAUAGAGGGCGCUAUCAGAUAACACAGACAGCUGACGAGACGGUUGCCAUGGCAAUCAAUGUGGUGGACGGUGAUGCCAAUUUGGAGGAGGUUCUUGACAUGAUCUGCGAGAUUGGCCAGGAGCUUGAAGAUUCAUCUCAGUUCUUAGAGACGAUGUCAGAGUUGAUACUCAAAGGUAUCCUAGAAGCUGAGAAACAACUGGAGAUAGAGAAUGAAAACAAGCUCAUUGAGGAGGGUGUACUACGGCAGGUGCCUCUGGUAGGUUCCCUUUACAACUGGUUUUCACCUCCUCCAGAAGCUGUCAUCAAGGGUAGAACACUCAACCUAUCAUCAGGUUCCCUUGAGAGUACAGAGAAGACAUACAAGCUCCACAUGCAGGUCCAGGAGGAGUCCGCCUCUCCUAUCAAACAACGACCAGCCAGGACUCCUACGAAGCCAGCAGAAGAGAAACCUGCCGUUCAGAAACGAGACUUAGAGGAAGCUGUUGAUCCUGCCGUGACGCCAUCAGAGACGGAGAGUCCAGCCACUAACAGUCUGAGUGAGGGUAGUAACGCAACAAGUGGUAGCAGCUUCCAGGAGGUGAGUGCAAGUGACAUGAAGGACCUGACCACUGAGAGUGAAGGGUUGGAUAUGAAAUGAGGGACAGACAUCUUGUGGUAAUCACAGGUACAUGGCGUUAUUCCACAGCAGCUCAGAUAAUCUAGAAGGUGUUUUCAACCAGCAUAGGAUUUUUUUUACACACCCUGUACAUGUCUAGCUUGGAUUAAUAUGCUGUAAGAACACGAAAGUAUUUUAUUCCUCUAUUUCAUUUUGUGUUUGAUUUUAAAGUCUCAUUUUUAGCCUUGUCUCAUCUGGUUGCCUCUACAUGAAGGUUCUUGUGAUAGAAUUCAGAAGAAAAAAACGUUUCCAACCAAUAGAAAAAAACAAUACCUGCAUCCGUUUUAGUUGUUGCUUAUUCAAGUACAAGUAUUGAGAGUAAUACUUAUUUCAUUCCAUGUAAUGCUUACUGAUGAAUUAUUUCAUAUAAAUGUAUCGUUAUAAUUACUUUUAGCCUCGUCUCAUCUGGUUCCUUUUAAAUAUUCUUGCGAUAGAAUUAAGAAAAAACAAGUCCAACCAGUAGAAAAGAACAAUACCUGCAUGGCUGCAUCAGUUUUAGUUAUCACUUAUACAAGUAUUGAGAGUAAUACUUAUUUCAUUCCAUGUAAGGCUUAAUAAUAAAUUAUUUCAUAUAAAUGUAUUGUUAUAGUAAGUUAUAAAAUAAUCAUUCAACCCUUGAACCAUCAUUUGAGUAUUUGUUAGAAUUAUAUUUUUCAUUUGCUGAUGUUUUCUUAUUUUGCCUUUUAAGUUUAAAAGGUUGAUAUGUAUAUUGGUCUGUGUAUGCUUAAAAAGCAAUGUCUACAUUAAGCAGUCUUAUUUAUGUUGCUAACCAUUGUGUAUCUCAGUUAUUACAGUUUUUAAAGGUUAAGAAAAUCUGUUCUAUAUCAUAUCAUAUCACAUCCUUGUAUUUCAACUUUUUACGUGCUAGGUAUUAGUUAUAAUGUUUUAAAGAUAUGUUUCAUCAAUAAUAUGGAGAACAAAAGAUAAUUGUGUGCAAAUAGUCUGUAUACUUCAUCCUAGGGCCUGGAUUAUCACUGCAUAUUAAUUAAUGAUUGAUGAUUGUUUUACCUGACUUCUAAGAAAGCAUGUGUGUGCUUGUAAGUAAGCAACCAGGGGAUCAACGGCUUUAAGUCCUCUCCAAGGGACUCUGUAAUGAGUAUUAAUGCCUUACCAAAGGCAUGUUCUUCAUAUUUGUGAAAGGACGCAGUCAACAGUCAUUUUGAAAAGUAAUAAUUGGGUAGAGGAAGGAGGGAGGAACUUGUACACACUCUUAGUGAGUUAUAUUGAUGGGAUGUGCUUGUAGGAAAGAUAUUAAUUGACAAUGUAAGAAAAUGUUAUACUCAAAGAGGUGUUCUAAAUUUUAUGUUAUCUGUAGAGUAAAAUAACUUUAUUCCGAACUAAACUUUUUAUCCAUCAAGAACAUUUUCAAUUUAUGGUAAACUGGAAAACAAUUUCCUCCGAAAAUGUCCAUGUUCUGCCAUUUACAUGUAUAUGGUUUAUUAAUUUACCCAAGAAUUCAUUUUUGGGGGGAAUUAUUAAUUAAUUACUAUUUUGUAAAGAUGAAUUUUUAUGUUUUUGUAUACUUACAUGUAAGUAAAAUGGGAUCAGAAAUUUUACUAUUUCAGUAUGCUUGCAAGAAUGGGCAGUGUACAUGUAUCAUUAUGUGUUAAAAUAAUAUAUUACCUUAUCGGUACUUGAUUGAAAGGGCAUUUACUAUACACAAACUAUUUUUUCUCUGCUAUCAUACCGAGGGGUCUUCAAAUUAUCAUAAUAUACCUAAAUUGUAAUAAAUUAUCUCUUAAUGUGUGCGCUAUUUUAGGUGACUGCUUAAGUGGGCAGUUCACAAAUAUUAUCUCUUAUAUGUAACAAAUGUAGAUAAAUAAAAACUACUUUACUUGUAACACAACCUUUUAAUCAUGAUUUCAAAGCCAGAAUAGCAUUGAAAUAUGACUGAUGAAAACGUAGCAUUAUCGUAAUGUUUGCAAUACAAGGGGAUAUCUGAGGGGGAAAAAAAUGUACAGUGAUUUGUAAAAUAAAAUCCUUGUAUUCAGAUAUCUUUCCUCUCAAUAGCUAAUACUUAUUUAUAUAUUUUGUAAAAGAAUUUCUUUGACAAUUAUUUGUAGAAAAAAUAUAUGAGGGAUCAAUAAAAGCUCUUUUCACUUGUAGGAAA